UGUAAAAUGGCGAAUGACAUUUGACAUUUAUCUCCGAAAUGCGUUCCUAUAAGCUUGAGCAUUAUCACUGACUUGUUUUUCGAUAGUUCCUCUGCAUAUAACCGCAUACGAUUUUUACGUGGCAAUAGACGCGAUAGGCAAGGAAUAUACACCGUACGCACUGACGACAAUACAUAUGUUACGCAUGCUUUUCCGUAACCAAAUAAUACAACAUAGGAUCAAAAACUAUGUAAUCAUUAGCAAGUCGCUUCGUUGGCAACCUCGCUGCUGUAGAUAAACACAAGCAAAAAUGACAAGUCACUUACUCCUAGCCUUACUUAUUCCUAAGGCGUUCAUCAUCUCAGAUGCCCAAACUUACCUAAUGCCCUGCAUACAUACGAACAUAGAAGAGGCGAAUCUGGAUAGAACCAGAAUUAGAAACGAACUUUGGCCACAUGAAGAGCCGUGUGAACCAUGUGGCCAUCGUCUGCUCUUCUAUUGUAUGAUUACAUAUGGGGAAUAAGAAAUCUCUUGCUAUGACAUAACCGCUCUACUGCUUCAACGGCUACAAUUAAAUAUAAUUAAAUAUGUAUUGGGUACCUAUACCUAGGUAGAUAGAGUUAAUUAAGAGGAUGAUUGGAUUCGUUUAUGCUGAAUGGAUUAUGAAUACGUGUUGGUAAUGAAUUGUUAUCGCGU